AAACGACAGUAAUAAAUAUACUGUAAUAGAAAUAUUAAAAACGUGGUAAUCAAUACUACCAUUUGACUGUACUACGCACUGAAACGUCUAUGGUUCGGUCGCAUAAAGCGGCCACAUGAGCAAUAACUGGUAUGAAUAAACGUUUAUCUAGCAACUGGCGCUUUAGAGCCUACACGGGAUUCGUUCACACUACAUGACUGCUUUUCUAUGGCUGAACCUCACUCUCUGCAUUCUGAUUGGCUUGAGCGCCAUGUCAACAACACGUGUCUGUCAAACUGCAUUCUGAUUGGAUGCUCCAAAAGCUGCCUUUACGAAAAGAAUAAUGCUCAGUUUUAAUUGAUAUUGACUUGACAAGCUCUUAAAUUAUCUGUGGCUGUGGUUUGCUUGGUAUAGAGUUCCAUUACAUCAGGAAUCCAGACCGUUUCUUACAACUACAAUAAUACACAUUUGUUAAAUCUAUACUGCGCCUGUAUUAUCUAUCUAUAAAAUCCACUGAUUUAAUAUUACAUUAAUUUUAUUGUAAGAUGGAAGAUGGAAACCAUUUCACUAUCUCGUCCGGGUUGCUGUCAUAACGCUUGUCAUCCAGCAGAUGGCAGUAACUCGAAAGCAAUUACAAGAGUUCAGACGUGUGAUUUCUUUCAAAUUGUCCUCCUACUUAAAUAAUCCCCAGCGUUGUUUAAAAAUGCAUAUUCUGUUUUGUCAUUAGACACAAAGUCAUCUUGGUGUUUAAUGCCAACCUUCUGGGAAGCCAUGUUGAAAUCUGGAAUGUGGACUCUACACAUGCAGUGAUUUUUGGGGGACAUGGUUGUGUUUCUUUCUGUGUCUUCAUUUUAGGACAAAUGAAUAACAUGGACAUUUCCCAGCUCAUUUGAGUCACACACUAAAGCACACAAAGCAUAUUUGUAUAUUCAUGUGUUCUGUUCCGAGCUACGGUUUAUUGACACUUAAAGUAGUGUUUACUAUUUCUUCACCCGCACUGAUAUGGGGGAGGUCAGUGCUGCCAUUAUUUACUGGACACGUCCAGGUUCACAAGUCAGCUUUAUCCUGCCGAUAGAAUUACUCGCUUAAGAACAUUUGACCAUGCUACAACCGGGGGUGUCUUGGAAGGUUUAUCUUGGAUUCGCUUUCCUGUGUUGUGGAGCGCAUCGUUGCGUUUCAGCGAGUCGUUACUGUCCUGCUCCCACACUGGACGGCGGUUAUUUAGUUCCUCAACAGGACACAUAUUCCCAUGGAGCCGUGUUGUUUUACGCGUGUGAAAAUGGACUCAAGCCGGCAGUGGAGGGCUGGUGGGCGACGGCAACGUGUCGGGACGGUAAAUGGUCCACUCGACCGCAAUGUAUAGAUAUCAACGAUUGCAUCCCACCAGCCCUCCCUCAUGCUAAAUACACGUCCAGCUCAGUGGGCUGGUACAAGAACGGCUCCCCAGUCAGAGUAACAUGUGACACUGGAUACGUGCACAGGAACUGGGAUGCUACAGCGCUGUGUGCAAACGGAACAUGGAGCUCCGUGCCAGUCUGUGAGAGGAGUACCCAGGCAUGCAGUGAACCCCCGAAAAUCGCCCACGCUGUCAUCAUCAACCAGAACCCCAAGCAGGACCUGUAUGCGUCUGAUACUGAAGUCGUGUAUGAGUGUGAAGAGGGCUACAAUGUCCAAGGAGAAGACGUUAAAAAGUCCUUCUUUUGCUUCGCUGGGAGCUGGACGGCAGCCCCCGAUUGUGUCAGAGAAAUAAAGCCCACCCCUGCAGAUGGUGGAUCCACAACGUCUACCGGAGGGAGAAGACCGGGUAGCGGUCAUGGUGGGUCGGACGUGGGCGGAAGAGGAAGCACUGGUGGGGUCGACAGGUGCGGAGCGACUCCCGUCGUCCCAAAUGGUGAGAUCGUGGAAAGGAACCAGAUGUUUUUGAACUACCAGUGUGCCAGUUUCUACACACGAGUGGGUCCAGGGAGAGUGGUGUGCCACAGCAAUGGCCAGUGGUCCAAAGCACCCGCCUGCAAAGCUGCCUACUGUUCUGUGGACACCGGUGAAUACCCCCAGUUAAAACAUGUUGGGGUGAAAUUCAUAAACAGUGGUGAGAAGGUGAGGUUGGAGUGUGUGAAACUGGACCACUGGCUGACAAAUCAUUAUUCGGUGGGGUCGUGCAAUAAUGAACAGAUGACGUUAAGCAGAUGUUGUAACUGGUGGGACCUGACGUGGAAUAAGUGCUAACGUGGGAGUUGCGUAUGAGACUGACAGCUCUUCUGAUGACUGGAUUCAUGACCUUUCACAAAUCUACUUCAUGGCAAUCUGUGAAAACACCUUUAUUACCUACCCUACUGCACUGAAUAUAAGACCGCCUUAUAGUGAUCUUAUAUAUAAGACAAUUCUGAAUAUAAGAGCUCCCUGAAUAAGACGACUCCAAACAUAAAACAGCCCUGAAUAUAAGACCACCCUGGAUAUAAGACCAUCCUGAAUAAGACCACUCUGAACAUAAGACCACCAUGAAUAUAAGACAACCCUACAGUAGAUGUAAGACCAUCCUGAAUAAAGACGACUCUGAACAUAAGACAACCGUGUAUAUGACAAUCCUGAAUAUAAGACCACCCUGAAUAUAAGACAACCCUGGAUAAAAGACCAUCCUGAAUAAAGACAACUCUGAACAUAAGACGACCCUGUAUACGAUAAUCCUGAAUAUGAGACCACUCUGAAUAUAAGACAACUCUGAAUAUAAGAUGACCCUGAAUAUAAGACCGCCCUGAAUAUAAAUGGAAUCGGAACAUAAGACAACCCUAAAUAUAUGACAACCCUGAGCAUAAAACAGCCCUGGGUAUAAAACCACUAUGAAUAUAAGACAACCCUGAAUAGAAGACCAAUAAGGCAUCCCUGAAUAUAAGACGACCCUGAAUAUAAAGCAGCCUAGAAUAUAAUCCCACCCUGAAUAUAAGACCACCUUCAAUAUAAGACCACCCUGAAUAUAACACCAUCUUGAGUAUAAGACAACCCUGACUUAAAGAUCACCCUGACUUAAAGACCACCCUGAAUAUAAGACCACCUUGGAUAUAAGACAAUCCUGAAUAUAAGACCACCCUGAAUAUAAUACCAACCUGAAUAAUUGCGACUCUGAACACAAAACCACUCUGAAUCUAAGACAUCCCUGGAUAUAAGACCACCCUGAAUAAGAUGUCUGAAAAUAUAAGACAACCCUUUAUAAUAUGGCGUUGUAUAUAAGACAACCCUGGAUAUAAGACCAACCUGAAUGAAGACGACUCUGAACAUAAGAUGACCUUAAAUAUAUGACAACCCUGAGCAUAAAACAGCUCUGGAUAUAAAACCACUAUGAAUAUAAGACAACCCUGAAUAUAAGACCAAUAAGGCAUCCCUGAAUAUAAGGCAACCUAGAAUAUAAGCCCAACCUGAAUAUAAGACAAUACUGAGUGUAAGACCACCCUGAAUAUAACACCAUCUUCAGUAUAAGACAACCCUGACUUAAAGACCACCCUGAAUAUAAGACAAUCCUGAAUAUAAGACCACCCUGAAUAUAAUACAGACUCUGAACAUAAAACCACUCUGAAUAUAAGACAUCCCUGGAUAUAAGACCACCCUGAAUAAGAUGACUGAAAAUAUAAGACAACCCUUUAUAAGACGGCGUUGUAUAUAAGCUUGAUGUAAGAAUCUCUAAACCUUGAAUAUAAGACAACCUGUAUUUUUAAGACUUUUCUCUGGUAGGGCGUUUCAAGUUCCCUGGGAUGCCGGAAGAUUUCAGGGGCGGCGGUGCAGCUGCUUGGCAAAAUUAAGAAAAACUGCUAAGCUAACUUCAUUUAAAUAAAUUAAUUUAAGCGCCUUUGUACAAAGAAAUCUAAGGUAAUUCCUCUCGUUUAUACAUUCACACGUGCACUAAUAUACUGUACUUGGGAAACAGGCACCAGAAGAUGAGAAGAUCAAAUACCUUGUUUUUGGUGCUUAACUGUUUCCCCAGUAUAGUAGUGCGAAUGUGAAUGUAUAAAGUAGAGGCAUUAAGUUACAUUUCUUUGUAGAAAAGCGCUUUAUGAAAGUAAGUACAUUUACUUGUAUUCAUUUACAGCGCAGCGUUCACACAUCCAAUAUGGCGGCGACGUUGACGUACGGCUCGGCGCUUGAUGCGGCGUCUAUAUGUCUAUAAGCUUGACAAGCGUCUCUUCACACGUCACACUUCAAGCGUUUUCUUCACACGUCACACGUAUUCGGGUUCUUCCCUCUAGCGGAAGUGCCAAAAUGUCUGCCUUAUCAAAAGGAGUGGGGCAAGUGAAGGGCAUCUGAGCGAAAACCCACACUCGCAGCAACAUAACGAAUAAGAAUCACAGCGAGCUGCAAUGUCGCAACACUAACAGGUCUUUACAGUAAGUUAGAUUUAUGUGGAUUUCGCCAGUCGCCAUUGUUUACUAUUACACCGGAAGCUAGUCAGACAUUUGUGGACGGUUGGUCAAGCAGGAAAACGCUGCCCCUAGUGUUUCAAUGGAGAAUUGCACGUUACAAAUGAAUCAACGUGAAUCUAAUGUAGAAUUACCCACUGUGCCGCAAAGAACAAGUUUUGUCUUAUAUUCGGGGAAUAUUGUAUUUGCUUAUCACUUACAUGUAAAUGGACAAACUUGUUGAAAGCGUUCAUUUUGUGGUUCAGCCAUUCUAGCAACCAUCUAUUGUCCAUAAUGGCUCGAGGAUACUGUAUGUCAUGUGGCUGUGGCCACCCCGCUGGCCAUAGACAUUUCAGGUACCAACUGUCACCUCUAUGUGAGUAAUGGUCUCACUUUGGCCACCCCAAUUAAACAUUUCCGGCUCCGCCACAGGGCAUACCUUUCAACAUUUGCAUUUGAAAAAUAGGGGAAAUUUCCUGGAAAUCAAACUUCAAAUCUAACGUAAGUAGACACUAGAUGGCAGCAAAAGCACAUUCUCAACCCAAUGUCAAAUGACUGUACUAUUCAGUACCUGAGAGGAUUUGUUUUUGAUGAAGGAUAAAAUACAGUAAAUUUUUGGGAAGCUAAACGGGAGUGCGAGAAAGUACGGCAACAUACAAGAGUUUCCCAGGGAACGGGUGGGUUGAGAGCUAUGAUUUAAGGGCUAAGAACCAUAUCAAUGACAGACUUUUAAAUACGUCUUAUUUAUUCAGAACACAAACUGUCCCGAGAGCAUCACCACUGGCUUAGAUUUUGAAGAUGAACUCUGUCAUUGUUGUGAAAAGUUGCGGUUAUAGCAAGUGCAUCAACGGUUAGAAAACAUACAUUCACUGGGCAAAGCGGGAACAUCUGAGCUAAAAUCCUGUAAUUAAAAUAGAAUAAAAAGAAGGAUCAAAAUGCAAAGUUGGUGAAGUUGGUUUUUUUUUUUUACAUGUGGAUGAUACUGUUUGUACGGUGGCUAUAAAAAGCACACACCCACCUUCACUUUUUCCACAUUUUAUGACCAUCACAUUCCAAAAUAAAUCAUAUCCUUUUUCUCCUUAAAAUGCAACACAUAAUACUCUAUAAUAGCACAUUAAAAAUCCAUUUAUUGACAAUAAAAUAUUGGAAUACUAACUAAUUUUAACUCUAACAUCCUCCACGGAGGAAGUAGAAUCCAAACUGAGCAACGUUCCUAAGUACGACUGCUCUCGGGCGUCCAGCAUCUGAUCGGGCCUCAAGGGGUGAACGAUGUUGGCCGACUGUGGCGUGAGGGUGUAUUUCUCUAAAAAGGCCAGCUCUGU